AUGGCGGGGACUCCAACUUGGAUUGUGGACAAGGUGGCCGGCGGAGGUAUCUCUGGGCUCCAACACGCAAUGGUCUGCACCUCGAACCAGAAUCGAAGCAUGGAAGCCCACUCCCUCCUCCAGCGCCAUGGCUUCGACGUCUCCUCCUACAGCACUGGGGCACACGUUAAGCUCCCCGGUCCAUCGUACCGAGAGCCCAAUGUCUAUGAAUUCGGAACUCCUUAUCACAAGAUGUACGAUGACCUCCUCCGCAAGAACCCUGAAUUGUACAAGCGUAAUGGGAUCUUGCCGAUGUUGAAGAGGAAUAUGAGUGUGAAGCUAGCUCCUCAGCGCUGGCAGGAUAAUGCUGCUGAUGGCCCAUUUGAUGUUGUUCUCAGUUUCGAAGAUAAGGUUUCUGAUGCGAUCGUCGAUGGUUACUGUACUUUCAUGGAGGCAGAUAAGAAGGGUGAUGGAAAGAUAGAUCUGGACGAAUGA